GAUUUGAGUGAGCAAGGUAGUCCUGGAUGCCCAAGAGAGCCUCAAAGCCAGGGAAAAGCAGAUUUGUGAAUUUAAAAGACAAGUCCACCCUUCUUCAUAGCUUCCUGAGGGUUACGCUUAAAAAUCUCCAUUUCUUCAAGUGGAAAGGAGUUUGAUGAUGUGAAAGCCUGAUUUGAUAAGAAAAGCCUUGAGUUGCGAAAGCAAACUGAAGAAAACACGCCUGAUGCAAUGCCCAGCCGCCCCUCUAUCGUAUCCUUUUAAAAAUCCAGCCUCAAAAGCCGGAAUGUUUCAUCUGCAGGAAAAAUGAUGUGUCGCCGGACAGGGGGGGGAAAUGAUGAUGUGCAAGAAACAGAAUCUAGUUACAGAAAUAAACUAGCUUUCUCAUUUUUUUUUUAAAGGCUUUAUAAGUUAAUUGCACAAAGGUGAAUGUUUCAUUUUUAAUUGCAGCGUGUUUUUAUUGCUUAACAAACCCCCCCCCCCGUGCAUAAACAGAUUCCUGGUUGGGUGCCAAGCAUAGAGUUCGGUUUCACAAACACGCUUCAUUCUCUGAGCUGAAAUAGAUCAGGCAUCCAAGCAACACGAGGGCCGUGACUGAGGGGAGAUGCGACCAACGCGAGAAGUAGCUUAACAAACAGCAGGUUCCAAUCUCGACCAGUUGUGUUUUUUGAAUCCAGAUCUCCCUUUCAUUGUGAAGAAAAACGUUCCUUAUGGAGUGAAAAUUAGGGGAGGAGGUACCCCUGCCUGACCCCCCCCCUCCACAGACACACACACACACCGUGACAUGAGGUGAUCCCUCAUUCCUGACCGCUUCCUUUAUAUAGGGCAGCAGUGUGGAGUAGUGGUUAGGGCUCUGGACUCUUGACUGGAGGGUUGUGGGUUCAAUCCCAGGUGGGGGACACUGCUGCUGUACCCUUGAGCAAGGUACUUUACCUAGAUUGCUCCAGUAAAAACCCAACUGUAUAAAUGGGAAAUUGUAUGUAAAAAUAAUGUGAUAUCUUGUAACAAUUGUAAGUUGCCUUGGAUAAGGGCGUCAGCUAAGAAAUAAAUAAUAAUAAUAAUAUAAAUUCAUUCUGUCGUUUGUCCUGUAGAGGUUGCUAUUCCUCAGGAUUUGCUGGGUUCCCCUUCAAUGAUACCCAAGAAAGACAGCGAUGGUCACAAGGCGCCCACACAUGAUGGGUCAUCUUCUUCCCAAAGAUGUUGCAAGUGCCACAUGGUUACAGAGACAGCAUCCUUUGAGACUCGACCUACACUUCUGAUUUCCAUCUGCAAGUCAAAUUGAUCGCUCUAAUUGUGGAUUAACUUCAUCAGCAACCGAAGAACCCAGAUUCUAACGGAGAUGUUUUCCUACAAGGUUCUGUUGAUGCUCCACUGUGCAGCGAUGGUAGCAGGGGACCCCAGUCUCCCAGCCGCAGGAAUCCUCCUGGCCCCCGGCCCACGCUCUCUUUCCUUGGGAGGCUCCUUGGAGAUUGUGUGCGUGGCUCCUCAGGAGUUCUCUGGAGGUGUUUUCCAGCUGUUCAAGGAGCGGACGUACCUCCGCAGUGUGGAUCACCGGGGCAAGAAGCAGCAAGAGGCCAGGUUCACCCUCUCACAUCUCACCCGCUCUGACGAGGGCAACUACUGCUGUCGGUACCAAGCCCUGCGCACUGAGCGCUGGGACAACAGCCCCUUCAGCCCCUACCUGCGCAUCACCCUCACUGACAUCACAGGAGCCCCUAUCCCUCCUGAACCAACCAGCCCUCCCUCCAUUACAGGAGCUCCUAUCCCCCGUAAACCAAGCAACUCUCCCUCCAUUACAGGUCGCUUGCCGAUGCCCUCCCUCACAGUCCGGGGCGCGACGGGGGUGCUAGCGAAGGGGGGCAGCGUGUCUCUGGAGUGCGUGGCCCCUGCUAACUUCCCCGGGGCCCAUUUCCUGCUGUACCGCGGUGACUCUACCAACCCUGUGUCCUCUAACCAAGCCCUGGCGACGCAGCACAGCGCCAGCUUCCCUCUGCCCAGCCUGGAGAACUCGGACGCGGGGGAAUACCGCUGCCAGUACCGCCUGCAGAUGAGCCAGCGCUGGAGGGAGUCUGAGCUCAGCCCGGCAGUGCACCUCAUCCUCAAGGGUGUCACCUCUCCUCCUACCACCCCUCCCUUCCUCUCAGGUCCAAACUGGCCUCUGCUGGCUGGUUCUGUGGCCGCGGCCAUUCUGUUUGCUGCGUUCCUGGCUGUCCUGGGCUUUGUGGUUUACCGGAGAGCAGUAAAGUCUGCGAGGGAUAAAAAGCGCAGGGAUGCUGCUCCGUACUGGAAUAAUUUCCACAAUGCUGACAACAUCAUCGAACUGUCCUUUAGAGAUCCCCGCCUAGAUCUGCAGGACGGGGUGGUGACAGAGAAAUCUUUAAACACGCCUCCGGAGCCGGUUACCCACGCCAGGAAGAGAAGCAACUCCCUUUCAAGCCCCGCAACGCCGGUGUUCUCCACGUUUAAAAAUCAUCCCUUCUAAAAAAAAUAAAAUACAGGCAGGGUUACCGCGUGGCUCACUGCCAAGCUCCUCCCGCAUGUGCUCAAUUAGAUUAAGCUCUGUGUGCCGACUGAGAAGGGAACCACGCUAUGUGCGUGGAACCAGCAACGCAAUGACAAGAAAUGUAACAAAACUUCAAUGAAAAAAUAUGUUUAUUAUGGACCCCAAACUCUUUCUUUCCCUUCUUUUUCGGCUGGAGAGAUUUCAUUAUUUGAACCUGUGGUCGCAGCUCAUGGCAUUAAGUGCUGGGAUCAGCCUGGCUGCUCUCCUCGGUGCUGUGAUUCAAUCCUGUAGCAGUUUGGUAGAAAUAUCAAAUGGUUCCUUGCUUGAUUAUCUUGCAAUAGAUGUAUAUUUUUUAUAAAGGGGACACAGUUAGCCUAACCUUAGCUUCCUGUGCCCUGUGUUCCUUCGUGGAUCAGGGGCACCCUAUCCAUCUCCUAACUCUGUAUAUUCCCACUCGUUCGCUCAGAUCAGAACAUGCAGAACCUUUAGUUUUAAAAAGAUUCAUCUUAAAUCAUGUGGAGAUGGAGCUUCCUGCUGAUGUGCGGAACUCGAUGACGUCAGACAGCUUGAGACGCUUCUUUCAAGUCUAAAUUGAAAACAUACCUUUUUCUAAUGUGCUUGUAUAUACUUGGUUGUAGCCGGAGUGUAUUGUAUAUUUGAGAUCUCUUGAGCCUUUUAAUGAUUAUCUGUCCUUGUAUGUGUUAUAUAUAUAUAUCUCUGUAAGAAGGUAUAUUGUAUUUAAUGGGUAUUUACUGUGCUUUGUAAAAUAUGUAAAUGCUUUUAAAAAAAACAGAGGCUAUUUUUUAAAAAAUAUAUAGACAACAAGAUUUUUUUGGGGGAGUAUUAGCGUUUUGAGAAUUUGUUUACAUCUAUUUUUUGGCGUCAAUUGCAACAAAAAACAAACGAAAUUCGAAAAAGAUUUCAGCUCGAAACGUUUGCCAUUGAAUUUCAGUUUUUUUAUGUUUCCCUUUUAAUGUUUCUGUUUGCAAUACAGAUUUCUAUCUGCACCAUAGAGUCUAUUGUGUUAGAUGGAAACUGAAAUUGUGUUUUACAUUAAUACAUGGAGAAUAAAGUUUGAAUAUAUAUAUGUGUGUGUGUGUGUGUGUGUGUGUGUGUGUGUGUGUGUGUGUGUGUGUGUGUGUGUGU